AUGCACGCGACUUUGUCGAACGCUCCGCUCCGAGCAUUGAAGCUCGAAAAUCUUUGGAGCGGAUCUCGCAAAGAACCUGGAAACUCCCUCGCUCGGAGCUGCACUCGUCAGCUUCGCUCGGCCAACUCGGUACGAUCGACCGCAUCUCUCCUUCAGACCCGGAUCCCGGCAUCAGCAAGACGAUACAACUCGACAGAAGCCGCCGCUCCCGCCGCGAACCCCAAGAUCGAGACCAUUGUCGACCAGAUCAGCAAGCUUACUCUCCUCGAGACCGCCGACCUCAUCUCCACCCUGAAGUCCCGACUGAACAUCCCCGACCUCCCCGUUGGCGGAUUCGCCGCCCCAGCUGCUGCUCCCGCCGCGGCCGAGGAAGCCGACGAGCCCGCCCCCGCCGCGGCCGAAAAGAGCGUCUUCAACCUCAAGCUCAUCUCGUUCGAGACCGGCUCCAAGCCCAAGGUCAUCAAGGAAAUCAAGAACCUGCUCGGCCUCAGCUUGGUCGACAGCAAGAAGUUCGUCGAGAGCGCGCCCAAGUUGAUGAAGGAGAACGUGCCCAAGGAGGAGGCCGAGAAGAUGAUUGCCACCCUCAAAGAGUUGGGCGCCGUUGCCGAGAUGGAGUAAUUUUUUUUUUUUUUUUUUUACCCGGUGGCGGUGCUGCUAUGCAUGUCUCUUGUCCGGUCGGAGGAUCCAAAUCAACACUAGAAGCUGAAGCUGUCUAGAUAGGUGCCAUGUGUAUGAGUGUAUCAACACCCAUGUAACAAUACGGAAAACAAUAUUCAUCACUGCUACUGCAUUGGUCACUGUUUCGCGUUGUCAAUUGUCCGCUGCUGGAAGAUGAAAGGGAGCACGUCUAUACUCGUUGGACGAGGACUAUUGCUCUUGUUGUAACUGCCUUGAAUUCUAACCACCAUAACCCGU